AUGGAUGAGUGUAUGACGUGUCCAGAAACUCACUAUGCAAACUCAGAGAAGAACCACUGCCUCCAGAAAUCUGUGAGCUUUUUGGCCUAUGAAGACUCCUUGGGCAUAGCUCUCACCACCACAGCACUAUGCUUAUCUGUGCUUACAGCUGUGGUGCUUGUAGUCUUUGUGAAGCACAGACACACACCCAUUGUCAAGGCCAAUAAUCGGACACUCAGCUACACACUCCUAUUGACACUCAUCAUGUGCUUUCUCAGUUCCUUGCUGUUCAUUGGCCACCCAAACACUGCAACUUGUAUCUUGCAGCAGACAGCAUUUGGAAUUUUUUUCACUGUGGCUCUCUCCACAGUGUUGGCCAAAGCUAUUACAGUGGUUAUUGCAUUCAAGGUCACUGUUCCAGAUAGAAGGGUGAGGCGGUUAAUGAUAUCAAGGGCGCCUAAUUUCAUCAUUCCCAUCUGCACACUCAUCCAACUUCUCGUCUGUGGAAUAUGGCUUAUUACUUCUCCACCCUUCAUUGAUCAAAAUGCUCAUGCUGAACAUGGUCACAUCAUCAUUUUGUGCAACAAGGGUUCAGCAGUUGCCUUCCAUUGUGUCCUGGGAUACCUUUGCUUCUUGGCACUUGUGAGCUACACCCUGGCCUUCUUUUCCAGGAAUNUGCCUGACACAUUCAAUGAAGCGAAAUUCCUGUCAUUCAGCAUGCAAGUAUUCUUCUGUGUCUGGAUCACCUUCCUCCCUGUCUACCAUAGCACAAAAGGAAAAGUAAUGGUGGCUAUGGAAGUCUUCUCUAUCUUGGCUUCCAGUACAGCUCUCCUUAGCUUGAUCUUUGGCCCCAAGUGCUACAUUAUUUUAUUAAGGCCAGAUAAGAAUGUCUGUCUUGACAUCAGACAUAAAUCCCAUUCAAAAAGGAAUANUGGUUUAAAUUUUAUUUAA